CACAUGAUUGAGAGAAAAUAUCACGAGAAUCUGAACCAGACAGUUUCUCUGAUCUUUCUUUAGAGAAAAUUUUCUUUUAUCUGUGGAGGAUCUCUCGGAGCCAAGAACAAUCUCACUCUCCUCUCUAUCUCUCUACUGUGCUGGUGUGGGUGAAUUUAGAUGGCUGGAGUUGUUCGAAUAUCUUCGACGUCUGUUCAGGCCAUUCGCGUCUCUUCCUCCUUUGCAACCACUCUCAACUCUCUGAAACCUCGCUCGCCUCCAAAUCUGAAUUCCGACAAGAGAGUUCGUCAGCUCUCUUCUUCUCCCUCCUGCUCGUCUUCUCACUACGCAUCUUUAGGUUUCGCUAGCCACAUCCCUCUUAAACGAUCCAAGAGCAAGGUGGUUCACGUCAAGGUAGAUGAGAGUGUGGCGGAGACAGAGCCACCGAAAUGGUGGGAGAGAAAUGCUGGACCAAACAUGGUUGACAUUCAUUCCACUGAAGAAUUCUUGAAGGCUUUAAGCGAAGCUGGCGAAAGACUAGUCAUUGUAGAGUUUUAUGGAACUUGGUGUGCUUCUUGCAGAGCAUUGUUCCCCAAGCUUUGCAAGACAGCGGUAGAACAUCCGGAUAUAUUGUUCCUCAAAGUAAACUUUGAUGAGAACAAACCAAUGUGCAAGAGUUUGAACGUCAAAGUGCUUCCUUAUUUCCACUUUUACCGUGGAGCUGAUGGCCAGCUCGAGUCCUUCUCAUGUUCUCUUGCUAAGUUUCAGAAGAUAAAAGAUGCCAUCCGACUACACAACACAGAUCGUUGCAGCAUCGGUCCAGUCAAGGGACCUGAAGGGUUUACGUUGGAAUCUUUAUCCGUGCAGAAGAAUGCAGCCAAACCAGCUGGAUCAAGUUGAAUUUGCCAUACGUCUUAGAUUCAUUACUGCAACAGUCUCUGAUUGGUCAAGCAAACACCCGAGCUUUAUAUUCUCUGUAUAUCUGUCACUUUACUGGUAUAAAAGAAUCCUUCCUGAAGCGUGUUAUGAUACUAUACUUUUGCCAAUAGGCAAAAUUGCAAAUGUAUUUUUUAACUGCUGGUCCGUAGUUUGCUACAGAAGCAAAGCUUAUGCAUGUGUGAUAUGUUUGCAUA